GGGGCGCAGCGCGGCGGGGCCCGUUCCCGGCUACAGUCACCGGUCCGGCCACGCCACGCAAGUGCUGGUGCUGACGUGACGCGGCAGUGGGCACGGGCGCAGGGUGGAAGCCACCUCCGCUGGCAGCAGCAGAAGCCCAGCUCAGCUUCAGACCGUAGCACUGCGAAGGAGAAACACUGCAAAUUUUUCUCAAUGACUCUAUAGCCAACUGAUGUAACAAUGGUACUAAUAUUGGGACGCAGACUGAAUAGAGAGGAUAGUGGGAUACGAGAUUCCCCUGCAACCAAGCGGAAAGUUUUUGAAAUGGACCCAAAAUCGUUGUCAGGCCCUGAGUUUUUCGACUUCUCCUCGGGAUCAUCCCAUGCUGAAAGCAUUCUCCAGAUCUUCAAUGAAUUUCGAGACAGCCGGUUGUUCACAGAUGUUAUUAUCUGUGUGGAAGGAAGGGAGUUUCCCUGCCAUCGAGCAGUCCUCUCAGCCUGCAGCAGCUACUUCAGGGCUAUGUUUUGCAAUGAUCAUAGAGAAAGCAGAGAGAUGUUAGUGGAGAUCAAUGGCAUUUUCGCUGAAGCUAUGGAUUGCUUUUUACAGUAUGUGUACACUGGCAAGGUGAAAAUCACUACAGAGAACGUGCAGUAUCUCUUUGAAACAUCAAGUCUCUUUCAGAUUAGUGUUUUGCGCGAUGCCUGCGCCAAGUUCCUGGAAGAACAGCUGGAUCCUUGCAAUUGCCUGGGAAUCCAGCGCUUUGCAGAUGCUCACUCGCUCAAGACACUGUUCACCAAGUGCAGGAAUUUUGCGCUGCAGACGUUUGAGGAUGUGUCCCAGCACGAAGAAUUCCUCGAACUGGGGAAGGAUGAGCUUAUUGAUUACAUUUGCAGCGAUGAACUGGUGAUCAGUAAGGAAGAGAUGGUGUUUGAAGCUGUCAUGCGCUGGGUGUACCGGGCAGUUGAGUUGCGAAGACCAGUGUUACAUGAACUUCUGACGCAUGUCAGGCUCCCGUUGUUACACCCAAACUACUUUGUUCAGACUGUGGAAGUGGACCAGCUGAUUCAGAAUUCCCCAGAGUGCUAUCAGCUGCUGCAUGAAGCCAGGCGAUACCAUAUCCUUGGAAAUGAGAUGAUGUCUCCCAGAACUAGGCCACGCAGAUCAACUGGUUAUUCUGAGGUGAUAGUUGUUGUUGGAGGCUGUGAACGAGUUGGAGGGUUUAAUUUGCCAUAUACCGAGUGCUACGAUCCUGUAACAGGAGAGUGGAAGUCACUGGCUAAACUUCCAGAGUUUACCAAGUCCGAGUAUGCAGUGUGUGCUCUACGGAAUGAUAUUCUUGUUUCAGGUGGAAGAAUCAAUAGCCGGGAUGUUUGGAUUUAUAACUCCCAACUUAACAUUUGGAUCAGAGUUGCCUCCUUAAAUAAAGGCAGAUGGCGUCAUAAAAUGGCUGUUCUUCUUGGUAAAGUAUAUGUUGUUGGAGGAUAUGAUGGGCAAAACCGCCUCAGCAGUGUAGAGUGUUAUGAUUCGUUUUCUAAUCGAUGGACAGAGGUGGCUCCCCUUAAAGAAGCUGUGAGCUCUCCAGCAGUCACCAGCUGUGUUGGCAAACUGUUUGUGAUCGGGGGUGGUCCUGAUGACAACACGUGUUCUGACAAGGUUCAGUCUUACGAUCCCGAUACUAAUUCUUGGUUGCUCCGUGCAACUAUCCCUAUCGCAAAAAGAUGUAUUACGGCUGUGUCUUUAAACAAUCUGAUCUAUGUUGCUGGUGGGCUUACCAAAGCAAUAUACUGCUAUGAUCCAGUUGAGGACUACUGGAUGCAUGUACAGAAUACAUUCAGCAGACAGGAGAAUUGUGGCAUGUCUGUGUGUAAUGGAAAAAUCUAUAUCCUUGGUGGAAGACGAGAAAAUGGUGAAGCCACAGACACUAUUCUUUGUUAUGACCCUGCAACGGGCAUUAUCACAGGAGUAGCAGCCAUGCCCAGGCCAGUAUCAUACCACGGCUGUGUGACGAUUCAUAGAUAUAAUGAAAAAGGCUUUAAACUGUAAUUUUUUUCUUGAAAAAAGAAGAUGGCAUGAAUGAAUACUGUGGUCUGCUGCAAGACAGGCUUUUUAACGAUUCCUGAAGUGGGAGAAUGCCCUUUCCCUACCUAAGUGUCGUACGAAAAUUAGAUCCUGUGCCUUUAGAAAAAGGGUUAAUUUAACUUAGAAAACAAGUCUACAAAUCUGUCCAGUAACCAGAGUUCAGUUAUAUCUGCUGUGGGCUCUGAUGAGAGAGCAGUAAUAGUACAUUGUACUAGUGUUCAGAAAGUUUGCCCUAUGUGUGAUUAGUAAUUAAAAUCUUGGAAGCUUUUUGGGGAAAGUGCCUUCACAAGCAUUUGUGCCUGUGUCCUAAGAAGCGAUAUCUGCAAGGUGUUUCAGGUUCUGCUAAUUGGAAAAAUACAUAGGCAAGUAAAUUCCAAAGAAUCACCUAGAAUAAUUAUCUACAAUUAAAAGAGCUUAUAUAAUUAUAAUUCAUAUGCACAGCAUUCUUACAAGCAGAUUACUUGGCUUAAAUAAGUAGAUUUUAUGUCAGAUCACGCAUGGUUUGGAAUUAAAAAACCAACAAACAAAACAAGCUACAUAGGACAAAUAUUAGAAUUUUUGAGGAAUGUUUUUUUCUGAAGGUGAAACUGGUUUAGUGAGCCACUGCAACACACUGCAGUAACGAUUGUGUACCUUAACACUAUGGACCUUAUUCAUAGUGUUGCUAAAUGUUCAUCAGAAGUACAAGGCUACAUGACAUGGAAAACUAGUGACCACUGGGGUGUAGGCAUGCAUCUGUGAAGCAAAUUUUGAAUCCCAGUCUUUAACUUUUUGAAUAGUAUAGCUGAAGUCUGAAAGUUACUGGGUUCACUCUUUGCUCACUGCAAAGUAUCUCUAAACUAUUCAGGGAAUAAAGGAUGAUGAAAUCUGGAUUCUUCUGCUUUUCUGUAUCACAUUUUAAAUUACCUGAUGAUAGAGAUAGGGACGUGGGUUGCACCCUACAGCUUAUAAAUCGGUCUUUCGGAUAACUCAUCUGCAGAGAUGGCAGAGUACCCGCCAAGUAUUUCUUGGCCUGUCUUCAGACAAUCACUUAAUCUAGCACAGUUAAACUACUGAAUGAGCUGCUUGGCCACAGAUAAAGAAGUUCUGGAAAGGUCCCUCCUGCCAGCAGAAAAAUAUCUGUGGACCUGUCCGCGUAGCCAUAUGAGGUAACUCCCACAUAACAUGUUUUGGAUAAUUUUGAAGCCUAGGAAGCACCUGUCUUUUGACCCUUUUUUUAAUUUAGUAAAGGUAUUUUUUUAAGUCCUCCCUAGAUGUCUGUACUAGGUCUCUUUAUUUCCAGUACACAGUUGUACAGUUGAGGCACAAGUUCAUAAAAACUGAAAUAGCACUUGAGAGUUGGAAAAUGAAUAGGAUUGUCUGUGUACCAAUUUCCUGUUAAUCACCAAAAACCUCAGGAACUGCCUUUCAAAGGAAUUCUGAGGACGGCAGCCAGUAGGGAAGUUGGUCAGUGCCAGGGCAGAAAAAACCCAUAAGGCCCCUGCAGAGACAGCCCUGGCCUCAGGGUUCUGGUCUCCGUGCUUGCUCAGGAGGGUGAAAACAAGCACCAUCUCUGGAACGUCGUUUGUUCCACUGGACUUUCUUCAUCUGUUUUCCCAGAGUACUUCUUCAUGAGAUGGAAAUUCUGACCCUCAGUGAAGCUAUGCCAAACUGGGAGUCAUCAUUUUCAGUAACAUACGGUCAUGACUUUUAAAGAGCACUGGGAGCUGCACUUUGUGAUGCAUUAACUUGUAACCUCAGGAAAGGACACAAAUUUCAGUUUCUGGCUGAAUACCAAACACUGCUUUGUAUAUGUUAAGAAUACUGAUAAAAUACAAAUCUCUGCAUAUCAGUGAUGUAAUUAGGAAGUCAGUCCCUGAGCACGUACAUUCACAUUGCCCUAAAAAGAAAGUCCCUCGGUAAUGUAAGACAAAUGAAUCAGAUAAAUUAAUCCUUUUCUAAGUUUCUUGUGUUUCUGCUCACCAAGUGUUACUUUGAAAAGGUAAUUUCAGUACCUGUGAAUAAGGUCCGUUGGGCAAUUACCAUUGCUGUCAGUAACUGAUAUUAUAUACUAACACUGUAUAUAACUUGUGCCAUCAUUGUAAAUGAAAACGUAAAAAAUGGUAGGAGCACUUCAUUAGAGAUGCGAUUUGAAAAAUAUUCUCCUUUCAUUUCCUUGUUUGUAUUAAGAGUUGUAAUGUAGAUUGUCAUGCUAAACUGUUUUUAAACAUUCUUUAUUCUGUAAGUGUAGAACAAUGUCAUUUAUGUAUAGGUAUCUUUUUAAUCUAUGUUUAUAAUACUGCACUAUUCUGUAAAUAACAAGAUACUGCUUUCUAUGGUUUUGAAGAUUCAUUUUAUAGUUUAGUUGUCUUAACAAUUCAUGUACUGUUACUGUUACCUAUUAUUUUGAAAAUGACAGUGUUUAAUGAACCAGUAAAUGCAGAAAUGUAGAUGUAGAAGAAAACUGCUUACAGUUCUUGAGAACCUGUAUUCAAUGCUGAAGUUACAUGUGUGGAGCAUUGCUAAAAUGGCACUUAUUCAUGCAAUGAUUUCCUUAAAAGAAGCAGUGAAUUUUUUUUUUCUUGUUAACUCUGUAAAUAAUUUGCACUUAUGGCCUGCUCUGUUAGAACAAUUAUUUUUAGAUGUACUAGAAAAGAACAAUUCAACUUUGGUUUAAUGAAAACAUACCAUUUUUCUAGAAGGAUGCAUUAAUUUGGAAGUCGCAUUCCUGAGCCACCUGUUCUCCAAUGCAUUUCACUUAGGUAUAGAUGAAUUCAAAGAAUUAAACUCUCACUAUUAUGUAUAUCUAGUUGCUUGCAGUUUAUGGGCUUGAGCAGCAAGUUGAGGUUUUUUGGCUCAGCUAGGAGAGAAAAUUAUUAAUGUCAUCUAGUAUAAUCGAAAGAUUUCCAUCAUAAAUGGUAAUAGGUUGGGAGCUCUAAAGUAGAGGCACCUGCACAAAGAUGUAAAUUCAGUCUAACCAGACAUGGGAAGAGGGCUCAAGUAUCUCCAAAGUCACACCUAAAAAAUAAAUUCUAAGAGUUGUCUAAUAUUGCACUCCACUAAACAGAUAAUUACCUUUUAAGUAUUUCACUCUUAAAAAGAAAUGAGAGUAAAUGUUUUCCUUCUCCAUUUUGAUGUCCACUUCAUGAGUUACAUCCUUCUGUUCUUAGCAAUAUGAUGUUCAUUGAAAAGAAAGUUGACGCUUCCUUGCAGCCGCCUGGCUUCGAGAAGGUUCUGAAUAGAUAACUUCAGUACUGCAUUAUAGUGCAGCCUAUGGCCUUCUGCUUUUAGAUAUACCAUGCAUUCACUCAUUUUGCAGCCAUCAAGCAUGUAACAUUGCCUGGUAAUCAUUUAGUUUUACCUGUAGGCUCCCUUCUUGGUAAUGCUUAAGUAGGCAUAAUUUGUGGAAUCUCUUCCAUUUGUCCCAUCAGAUGAUUCAUUUUAUACUAUGUGCCUGGUAUGCAUUUUGACGAUUAGGCACUGUGCUUUCCACUCUAGCACCAAGGGUCCAGAGUUGUACUGUUUUUUUUAUUUUAAUUGGCACCAAUGCAGUUGUCAUCAAAGAUUGCUUUUGUUUCUACUCUCUGAAGCACAGAUAUCUUUAAUGCAGAUUAUGUUGAUAUGGACCCUUAUAAUUUACUCAAGCUUUUUAAAUGGUAUUUUUAACACUGCAAAUUUUUGAGAGAGGCUGAUGAUGUAGGAAGAGGAGGUGCUCACCUUGACGAAGGUUCAGAGGAAGCUUUGGUCACCUGUGCUUGUUGGUCACUUGUGCUUGAGAGCAAGGACACUGCUGACUGCUCCAGCUUCUUCCUCAAAAUAGUUGAGUUCACCACAUUAUCUUAGAUAAUUACUCAAUUUAUCCUGCUUUUGUUUUAUUUGAGCUGCAAGGACAAAACAAGCAGCAGUCCCACUCCCUGUGACUUCAGGUUUCCCUCCUGCCCAAGGCAUGGUAGUGUGCUGGAGCUGUCACACUCAGCGGGUAGGCAGAGCCGUGAACUUAGUCCAGCUCCAAAGAGAGAGACAAGAGAAACUCACUGGGGCGGGGUGAGAGAUGUCAGGAGGAAAUGCAGUGCGUUUGGGGUUUGUGCGUUUGACUGGGCUUGCUGAAACCAAGACGUUCUGGAUGCUCAUAAGUUUGCAACUCCAGAUGCUGAAACUCAGGUGGUAAAAAUAUUUCACGUUUGUCAACUCACUGAACUCAGUUGGAGUGAUAAAGAUGCAUAUCAUGGUCACGGUCUUCUAGUGGCAAUGUUCAGGAAAGCCAAAGGUUCAUUUUUCCUAAUUGCCCCACUAGGCAAGUAUAUGUGUUUUGUUUUUGGUUUUUUUCCUACCGCUGAAGAUGGCAAAAGCCAAUUCAAGAGCAUUAAGAAACUCACAAGACUUGAUCAUUGUGAGGCAAAAUGAAUGCUUUCAUCUGAAUGUAGUUUCGUGCACACAAAGUACAAAUGAAGUGGUUUGUUGUGCUUGGUUAAAAAAAUCUGAGCAAUAUAUACUCGGAAAAGGAGUCUACAAGGUAAGAUGAGAUUUUUAAGCAGAAAUUUGCUAUCUGGUUGGGGGCCAAGCAGUGAUUUUUUUUUUUUUUUUUUUAAAAUAUGUCUAGCACACAAGUUUCCUCAGUGUUGAGUUAUUUCAGGUGGCAUUAAUAAAAAUGGAUCUCACUGUCAGUUUAUCAUGAUUGUGUCAGUGCUGUGAGCAUUGCCACAAAACAGUAAGCAGCCUCCUACCAGCCGCAAAGCAGAUGUAUGAAUCCCAUGUUCUCUGCACGCUGGCCUUGCGUCAGCUGUCUUCCAUAACUAAUGUUACACAUAAGUUCAUGUUACUUAAAGUAUAUAGCCCUGGUAACAUUACUGUCUAAGAACUCUAUUUACAGGAACAUUUCUUUUUUUCUACUGUAGUGCUCCAGUCUAUGCUCAUAUGUUUAUGUGUGCACAUCUGUGUGUGUGAAUAAUUUUGUGAUCAUUUUCUGAUAGUGCUGUUAUAAGUAAUGCACAUAAAAGCCCCUGUGUACAGCAUGUUGAUAAUGUAAUUAUGGCUUACUUUGUAUUAUUAGUUCCAAAGAAAAUAAUGUGUGUUAAUUUUGAAAAUACCUGUGCCUUGAAUUCACCUGUAUUUUUAUCUAUUGUGAAAAAGAGGUUGGAUUACUUCUCCCAGUUUAUCUUUAUUAGUAUCAGUCUUACUGUCCAGACUGUUGAUGUCCUUCUAAGAGAAAUAAAUCUUGCCAUUCAUUAACUAGUUAAACCUCUUGUUUAGAAUAUGUCUAGAAUGCUUCCAUUAUUACAGUGCUAUGGCAGAUUUCAUCUAGGGAAAUGAGUAUUUGUCUUUUCCUAUUUUUUGUUUCCAGCACUCCUCAAGGAUUUGAGUUUAGGCUUUGACUUCCUGUCCUUAACACGUACAGUUUCUUGUUUUAGUCAAUAGCCUCUACGAUAUUUGCGAACGCUCAGACUUGUCAGUCAUGAACCUCUUGUUCAUUAUACGUAAUAUGAAGCAAUAAUAUGGUGCAGCAUGGCAAUAAGCAAAUCAAGAGACUUGAAUGUAAUGUACUAUUACUAAUUUCAUUUGUGUAAAUGCUGGACCUAUGAGUCAUUCUCCUUUUGGUGCACCUUUAGCAAUUUGGAGUCAGAUUAAUAGGAGCUACUUGGCCAUGGAAAGAGUUUACCUCCUGAACUGUUACUCAUACGAUAUUUUAUCUUCACCUGAAAUCAUGUUUUGAUUUUCCUUUUGCUGAGGAGAACAGCAAUUGAUGUUAUUCCUUGCCAGUUCCUUUACUUACUGAAACAUAAAAGGCGUAGUUCCGUGAAGAGCUGAUCUUGUCUUCAAGAACAACCUGGUGCAGCACAAAUGACAUUUGAACAAAAAAAGUGCAGACCACUUACUGUGUGCCAGAGUCAAUGUAACGUUAUCUCGCAUAUAACAUUAAGGUCUUCAGAUUGUGCCGACAGUAGAAAAGUGAGUUUGUAAUGUAGCACAAUUGCAAUAACACCUGUUAUUUAAAUAUAUUUCUUGCAUAAUUCUUUGAAAGUUUUUUAAAGUUCAGUGUACCUAAUAAACAUUUGCCUUUUGAAUA